GUGCUUGCAAGAAAAAAUAGCAAAUCUAUAUAAGCAACCAUUUGGGUGCACUACUCUUGUUAUCUUCUCUGUGUGCAAUGGCUUCUCAUUUCUUUGCCUUCUUGCUUCUAUGUUUUUCUUUACUCAUUCAAUACUCAUAUGUCGCCGGAAUAAUCUCCGGCAGACUAGAACAUACUAUCGCGGUUAGCUCAUUAUUGCCGGAGACCAUUUGUUCAACUACUGAAGACUUCACUGACAACAAUCGACUAAAACUCACACAUCGACACGGACCGUGUUCACCAAUCAAGAACUCAAAAAAGCCCGAUCACAAGCAAAUCCUAGCACAAGACCAAUCCCGAGUCUACUCAAUUCAACACCGCCGUCACCACUCAUCCACCACCACUACUAUCAAAAUCGAACCAAACAAAAUUCAUCAAUCACCAUUAGCCGGAACAAAAAUCCCGGCUUACACCGGAAAAUCUUUCUCGACCGCAAACUUUAUAGUCACGGUAGGUUUUGGCACUCCAAAACGCGAUCUCUCCCUAAUCUUCGACACCGGAAGCGAUGUCACAUGGAUCCAAUGCCAACCUUGCAUCUCCUCUUGCUAUGCUCAACAAGAGCCAAUCUUCGAGCCAACUCAAUCAUCGACUUACUCCAAUGUGUCUUGCUCCGAGUCCGCUUGCUCGGAGCUAGACACAUCGAGCUGCUCCGGCGCAACUUGUCUUUAUGCCGUACAAUAUGGUGACAAUUCUUACACCGUCGGUUUUUUCUCUAAAGACACUCUUACUCUUUCUUCCUCCGACAUCCUCCCCGGCUUCUUCUUCGGCUGCGGUGAAAAAAAUAGAGGCCUAUUCGGCAAAGCCGCCGGCCUCCUUGGCCUCGGCCGAGGCUCGACAUCAUUAAUCUCUCAAUCCAAAACCAAAUACAAUGGAGUUUUCUCCUACUGCCUCCCUUCCACCUCCUCCUCCGCCGGCUACCUCACCUUCGGCGGCGGAGCUCCGGCGAACAUCAAAUAUACUUCAAUGCUUACUGAUUCAUCUAUGCCCACAUUCUACUUCCUUAAUCUUCUAUCCAUUAGAGUGGCCGGAAUCAAGCUCUCUAUUUCUCCGACAGUAUUCUCUAAUGCCGGAACUUUAAUAGACUCCGGCACGGUCAUAAGCCGGCUGCCCCCGGCAGCGUACUCGUCUCUCAGGCAAGCGUUCAAGCAAAAGAUGGGCAAGUAUCCGACGGCACCGGCACUGUCUAUACUAGAUACUUGCUAUGACUUCUCAAACUAUAGCACGGUGUCGGUGCCGACGGUGGCGCUGGAGUUCGCCGGCGGCGUGGUGGUGGAUUUGGAUUUUUCUGGGAUACUUUAUGUGGCAAGUUUGUCUCAAGCUUGCUUGGCCUUCGCCGGAAAUAGUGACGCCGGCGAUGUCGGAAUCUUUGGGAAUAUUCAGCAGCAUAAGCUUAAUGUAGUUUAUAAUGUGGGUAAGCAAGUCAUUGGGUUUGGAAAAGGAGGGUGUAAUUAGAUUAUGAUUAGAUGAUUAAGAGGUGGAUGUUUGGAUUAAUAAAGGGGAUUAGUGGUUAAUGAAUAAGGGAUUAAUUGUGGAGUUAUGCUUUUGUUAUAAUAAGAACUGAGAAUUGUUAUCUUGGAAUAUAUUUGAAGAAUAAUAUUUGAUUUGAAAUGAUA